AUGGCGCAAGCGGUGCAGUUCGGCAAUCCACCUGCAGCCCCGUCUUCCCCUCUUGAGAAGGCGCAGGUGCCCCGCCGAAGCUCCUGCGACAAUGCAGGAAUUGCGGACUUCUCUCGUCACGGCCUGGGCGAUGCCCUCCUGGAGCGACGAGCGGCUGAAGCUUCACAGCCCAGUGUGAUGAGCAUGGCGAUGGACUGGCUUUGGUCACGAGGUCAGUCCACGUGGACCUCUGAAGCUCAAGCACCAGCGAGACAGCACAGAAGUGGUGCUAGUGCUCCUCCAUCCUCGCGUCGCGACUCGCACCGCAUGGCUGAGCCUCUCAAGCUCGACAUUCGCAAGGGCCAAGGCCUGCCACGCAAGGCCAUGGCCGGCUUGGGUCCGAGCCGCCAGCCUUUGCGCUCCUCCUCCCGGCCAUCUGCACGGGCAGAAUUCGAGACUCCAGCUCCGUUGACGAUGGCUGGCCUGGGUCCAGCUACACUCUCCCGUGCCGACUCUCCGGAAACACCGCCAGCAGCGCGGAUGCGUCGACAGCAGGAGGCCGUUGUGGUCGAGAACGGCACCGCGGGCAUGGUACUGUCUCUGCCAGAGACUGAUGAUGCAAAUCACAGGAGAGAUUCUCGGACAUCCCUUAACUGGGGCUUUUGUUCAUAG